AUGGCCUUACUCGAACAAUUCCUUUCCCAGAUCCGGACUUUUGUUCGGCGCCAGGAUGUCGAUGAACUCCGGCAGUGGCUCCCAGUCGAACCAACAGCCUCGCAGACAUAUCAUGUCCUCGCCGCCGAACUUCGCACGAGGUUCCCACGAAAAGACGGCCCGGCCCUUGAGCAGGCUGUUGAGCAAUGUCUCCCGGAGGAUGACGAGGUACCCGAUGGCAAAGCUACGCCGUGGCCCGGGUUUGUGACCUUCAUCAAGGAUUAUCUUAUAUUCUGGAGGGACGUGGACUUCAACAACCUCCUGACUGCUCACGCGUUGCUUUGUGGGCUGGUGAACUCAUGUGGCACGGCAUUCGCCCAUCCUACAUACGGCGGCAUGCUUCUCAAGACGGCAAUGUCGCUUUGCGAGACCAUGUCGCGGCUCACUAUGCAGGUCAGCCGGCGGCCCGAGCUGACGCGGAGACUGCGCAACGUCGAAGCCGACGACCGCAAGUCCAUCGCCGAGAUGUCGGCGGAAAUCAUCCAGAAGAUCUUCACCACCUGCCUCACCGACCGCACCAGCGGGCGGUACAGCAAGCCCGAGGGCAAGAAAAUUGGCGUCUACAUGUUCGCCAACCUCGUCCUCCGGCUGCUCUUCGCCUGCCGCCGGACCCAUCUCGCCAAGCAGAUCUUCACCAACAUCGCCACCAACUCGCCGCCGCUCGCCCUAUACCCAGCGGCACAGCGCGUCACUUUUCUCUAUUACCUCGGCCGCUUCAACCUCGCCAGCUGCCACUUUGUCCGUGCCGCCCUCUGCUUGCAAGAAGCCUACGUUCAGACACCGCCGUCGCUCCUCUCCCACCGCCAGCGGAUCCUCACCUACCUGAUCCCCGCCAACCUCAUCCUGGGCCGUCUGCCCACCCAGGCCCUCCUUUCCCGCCCGGAGGCCGCCAACUUCCUGGCGCCGGUUUUCGACCCCCUGGCCGCGGCCGUGCGCAGCGGCGACUUUGUCCAGUUCCAGCACGCCCUCGAAGCCCACGAGGACUGGCUCUUCGAGAAAGGGCUCCUCCUGGUGCUCACCCACCGUCUUCGACCCCUCCUCUGGCGCUCCCUCGCCCGUCGCACUUUCCUCCUCACCUACCCGGGCGCCGCCGCCGCCGCCGCCGACGACCCCAACGCCGUUGCCCGCAAGGCCGCGACCCUGGACCUCGCCGACCUCCAAACCGUCGCCGUCUACGAGCAGCGUCGCCUGCAAGGCUGGCGUCCUCCGCCGCGGCGCGCCCGCCCGCCCCACGUGUCGGCCGUUUUCAUGCGCGCGGUGGCCAAUGACGCGACUUCCACGCUGGUACCCCCCGACGGCGGGUCCAAAAGGCUGCGGCCCAACGAAGGGCUGGUGUGGGGGGACGCCGAGGUGACGUUGGCGGACGUCGAGAUGGUGGUGGCGAGUCUGAUAUCGCAAGGGUUCAUGCAUGGGUACGUAGCGCAUUCUUCCGGCCGCUUUGCCGUUAUGGGGGCGACGAAACGGAGCCCCGUGGUUGCGGGUUGGCCGACGCCGUGGCUUGCUAUUAGGGAGAGGAAAUACCACGAAGGAGAGGUUGAUUUGGAUGACGUUCCCGGAUGGGUAAAAGACUGA